AUGGUGUCAGAAGUGCUCGACCCUGGUUGUGGGGUGAUUCGUGGUAAUUACGUGGUAAUUACGGCUCUGUCGUGUCAACGCUAUCCGUUCGUAUCUCAAGCAUCCCUUUUCGCACGUGGUUCAACUAAACUGUAUCCAGGCCAAUCGAGAACAUCCGUCCUCUCUCGUGCCAUGGCCCAAGGCUUGAAGUUCCCUGAUCCGUUUGCGUUCACGGCGCCUAAUUUGGCCGUGGAGUGGGCACAAUGGCGUCGUCAGUUUGAGUGGUACAUUAAAGCCACGCGUAAGGACGAGAAGGAUGAAGAAGUUUUGAUUGGAGUGCUGUUGUCCCUGCUUGGAAGAGAGGGAGUCAAGAUUUAUGAGACGUUACCGUUGACAGCGGCAAAUGCAAAGAAGAUUGCUGAAGUGUUAACUGCAUUCACGACGUAUUUUGAGCCCCUCAAAAGCGAAGUAUUUGAUCGCUUCCUUUUUCAUCGUCGUCACCAGCAACCGGGUGAGUCUUUCGACACGUGGCUGAUGGAGUUACGCAGUAUGGUAACGUCGUGCAAUUAUGGUUCGGACCCGGUUAUAGAGUCAGUGUUGCGGGACCAGAUUGUUUUGGGCGUGGCCAGUGAACAUGUGCGCGAAAAACUUUUAUUUGAAACUGACUUAAAGUUGGCUGCGGCCUGCAACAUUGUUCGCGCGUGUGAAUCAGCUUCAUCAAAACUGACCCAGAUGGCGCCACGAGGAGAGUCUACUGUUCAUCGCCUACAGGACAACCAGCCAAAAGGAAAGCAGGGCAUGAGCUCUUACAACAAGUCGCGUCAACCUGGCGGGAACAUGCAGCAGUAUGUUAAUUGUCAGGAUUGUGGCAGACGUCAUCGAAAAGAUCAAUGUUCUGCAGCAAGAGUGGUGUGCUUCGCGUGUCAGCAGGUCGGCCAUUUUGCAAAUAGGUGUCCGAAUGGGAGACCUCAACAAGGUACGUCACACCCUCGUAAGAUGGCGCCACCACCUGCACCUCCGACGGAUAACCGACAACCGACAAUGCGGCCUGCUCAACGCGGAACUUUUAUGCAACAGCAGUUGCACGCCGUCGAGGAGGAAGAGUUUGAUGGCCAGUUGACAGGAGCCAACGCAUUCUUGGGAGAAGAUUACGUCACUCAUCAACUCACCUGCACAGAAGAAAAAGUGGACGAGUGGUAUGAAGAUAUGGCGGUCGAUGAAAGUGUGUGCCCGAAUGGUGCUCCUUUAGAACCUGGCCCUCGAGUAAGAAACUACAGCGCAAACGGUGGUUAUCUGAAUGUUCUGGGCGUGUACAGGGGACAAGUGGUUCGCCGUGGAGUAGCUUAUGUGCUUCGAUUUGUGGUGGUUAAUGAACCUGGUCAACCAGCCAUCUUAGGGCUUCCGGCGUGCAAGUUAAUGAAGCUCAUCAAGCGUAUUCAUUCCAUCACCGUGUCGCCGCCACAACUACAGCCGCCAAUCGUGAAAGAGUUUGCAGACGUGUUCAACGGCAUUGGAAAGCUUCCAAUUGAACAUGAAAUACGCCUGGCAACUGGCCCUAAUCAUGUGGAUCCUGUGGUAUCGGCGGCGGGUCGUAUUCCGUUUAGUUUGGAGAAAAAGGUGUUCGACAAACUGGAUCAGAUGGUUGCUGACAACAUCAUUGCUCCAGUAGUCAAACCGACGGAGUGGGUGAGCAGAAUGCUGGUAGUUGGAAAACCUGAUGGAGACGUCCGUAUCUGUCUUGAUCCAUCUGACUUGAACAAGGCUAUACAGCGGCAACACUUCAUGGUACCGACGGUGGAACAGCUGUUUGGAAAGAUUGGAAGAUAUCGUUUCCUGCGGCUCCCGUUUGGCCUCACCUCGGCUCCCGAAGUUUACCUUCAGGCCAUGUCGGAGCUGUUCGGCGAUUUGCUCGGAGUGCUGAUUUACUUCGACGACUUUUUGGUGAUGGGAGAAACAAUGGAGGAACUGGAGUGUAAUCUGCGCCGAGUGCUGAAUCUGCCCUGGUUGGGUCAUGUGAUCGGAAAUGGAUCUUUGAAGCCUGAUCCUGAAAAAGUGGAAGCUAUUGUGAAGAUGCCGGCUCCUACGGACAAAAACGGGUUGAUACGCUUACUUGGAAUGGAUGCGGCAUGGGUGUGGGACGCGCAACAAGAUCAAGCCUUAAAUGCCCUCAAGUCCGCCAUUUCUUCGUUGCCGGUUUUACGUUUAUUUGAUCUUUCCAAACCGUUGGUGGUGUCAGUGGAUGCUUCGCCCAUCGGCAUUGGCGCAGUGUUAUUGCAAGAUGGCCAGCCGGUGGCUUUUGUUGAGUUUGAAUAA